AUGGAUUACCCCGACCACAUAGGGGUGCUCGGGAGGCUUCCUCUCUUGGUGGCCCCGAUCAUCACCAAUUCUUGCUUGUCCAAGGUCCUCAUGGACGGGGGCUCCAUCCUCAACAUCAUGUACAUAGCCAUCCUAGACGAGAUGAAGAUCCCGAGGUCGGAGCUCCAACCAACUGGGGCACCCUUCCACAGGGUCAUCCUGGGGAAGCAGGCGGUUCCGCUAGGGCGGAUUGACAUGCCCGUCACAUUUAGCACCCGCGCCAACUUAUGCACUGAGAUCCUCACCUUUGAAGUGGUCAACUUCGAAGGGUCCUACCACGCGAUCUUCGGAAGGCCAUGCUACGUCAAGUUUAUGGUGACCCCGAACUACACCUACCUCAAGCUCAAAAUUCCCAAGCCCCACGGCGUGAUCACGAUCAGCGCCAACCACGAGUUCACACUCCUUUGCGAUGUGAAGAACUGUAAGCUAGCGACGCAUACCAUCCGCUCCCUCGAGUUCUUCGAGAUCCAGCAAAUCACGCAAGAGGUCGCCUCGGACUCCAACAAGGCUUCGACCUUGGGAGCCUUCAAGCCUACGGAGGACGCCAAGGUGAUCCAGUUUGACCCAGAGGACUCCAACAAGGUGGUGUGGAUCAGCACCGCGCUGUCUACCAAAUAG